AUGCGCAUGCGCGGGAAGGCGAGGAGGAAACGCGUGGAGGCGAGAGUCGCACGCGCGGGGAGGCGAGAGGAGCAGGCGCGGGGAGGCGAGAGGAGCAGGCGCGGGGAGGCGAGAGGAGCAGGCGUGGGGAGGCGAGCGGAGAACGCGCGGCAAGGCGAGAGGAGGCCGCGCGUGGAGGCGAGAGGAGGCCGCGUGGUGAGGCGAGAGUCGAGCGCGCGGGGAGGCGUGAGGAGGAAGCGCGGGGGGAAAGCGAGAGGAGAGCGCGGGGAUGCGAGAGGAGCACGCCCGGGGAGGCGAAAGGAGAAUUCGAACCGGGAGGCGAUAGGAGCAGGAAUGGUGCUGUGCUCUCCCCUGCCAGCCAUGCCCAUCUUCCCUGACCAAUUCCGUGUAACCACCUACAGGGCUGGUUACCACUCCUCAGACGCCCUAUCGAUCUGCAGUCCGCUGUCCUCCCUUGAGAUUGUGAGUGCAACCAAUCUGCCAGUGCUGUUCGCCUGCAAGUCUGCCAGCACGAGGGGAGUAGCGUCUUCAGGAAUGGGUGAGAAGCGGGGGAUAGCAGCAGCGCAUGCAGCACGGGAAGGGAUUGGGCUGUGGGAGAGAUUUCUUAAGUCCACUCGUGCGGACUUUGCAGGACUGCAGAGGCACGUGGUGGACGUGAGCUUGCAGAUGGAGCAGUUGCGGGAGGAGAACCAGAGGCUCAGGGAGGCGCUGCAGCAACAGCAGUCUGCACAGGUCUUGGAGGUGCGGGAGGGUAUGGGGGAGGAGGAGGAGGCGCAGGGGAGGGAGGAGGUGCAGCGAGAGCUCUGGGAGGAGAACAACCAACUACAGGCGUCUCAUGCUUCUGAAGCCUGCGCGGAUUCUGAGGCACCUCAAGAAGCACCGCUGGGAGGGAGCAGCGACCUCAAUCCUUCUGAAGCUUCAGAGGCUUCUGAGGCUUUUCAGCCUUCAGAGGCUUCUGCGACUUCAGCGGCUUCGGAGGCCUUAAAUGCGGGUCAAAGGACACUGGUGGAGGAGAACCGGGAGCUGCGGGAGAGGGUGGAGGAGAGGGAGAGGGCUGUGAGGGCGGCUCAGAGCACUUCGGACGCUCUCGCCAGUGAGCUGGCAGCAGCGCAGUCCCAGUUGUCAGCAGCGCAGCAGCAGGCGCAGUUGGAGAGAGAGGGGCGGCAGAGGCUGGCGGGGGAGCUGGCUUCCAUGCAGGCGCUGCUGCUGCAGCAGAUGCAGAUGGUGGCGGAACAGAAGGAGCUCAUUGCAAGGCUCCUUGAGCGUCAGCAGCAUCAGGCUGACGUUUUAGAGCCAGGAGGGUCAGGGACAGUGGGCCAAGGGGCAGUGGGCCAAGGGGCAGUGGGCCAAGGGGCAGUGGGCCAAGGGGCAGUGGGCCAAGGGGCAGUGGGCCAAGGGGCAGUGGGCCAAGGGGCAGUGGGCCCAGGAGCAGUGGGAUCAGGGGUUGUGGGAUCAGGGGUUGUGGGAUCAGGGGUUGUGGGAUCAGGGGUUGUGGGAUCAGGGGCAGGGGAAUCAGGGACAGGGGAAUUAGGGUCAGGGGAAUCAGGGGCAGGGGAAUCAGGGGCAGGGGAAUCAGGGGCAGGGGAAUCAGGGGCAGGGGAAUCAGGGGCAGGGGAAUCAGGGGCAGGGGAAUCAGGGGCAGGGGAAUCAGGGGCAGGGGAAUCAGGGGCAGGGGAAUCAGGGGCAGGGGAAUCAGGGGCAGGGGAAUCAGGGGCAGAGGGAUCAGGGGCAGGAGGGUCACAGAAACGGAAGGAUAAGAAGGAGAAGAGGGAGAGGAAGGAACGGAAGGAGAGAGAGAGGCAGGAGAGAAAGGAGAGAAAGGAGAGGGAAAAAAGGGAGAAGCGGGAGAAAGGGGAGAAAGGGGAGGAUAGGGAGGAGAGGGAAGAGAGGGAGGGGAGGGAGGGGAGGGAGGAGAGGGAUGAGAGGGAUGAAAGGGAACAGGAGCAGGUGGAGUGCCUUGACAGGAAGGAUGCACGAAGAGCAGAAGUGGAAGGAGUUCAGAGGAGUGCGGAUGGCAGAAAGCGAGGUGACUGGUGUGAUGAAACAGGUGGUGCGGACUAUGGUGAGGGGGAGCGAUGCAGAGGUGGGGCAGAAGAGGCAGCUGCAGCCGUGGAGAGAAAAAGAGAGGAGCACAGAGGCCCUCAGAAUUUUCGAGGCUCUGGGCGUUCUGGAAGGCAGGGCAGGCGACAAGCACUAAACGGAGAUGUGGCAAGUGUGGGGAGGGUUGAGGAGGGUGAGGAGGGGAAGCCGGUGAAAGCAACGGAAGGGUCAAUGGGCCUGCAAUAA